AUGGAAGACAUUAUUGAUAAAGGAUAUGCCGAAAGGGUUAGUGAUGAUUCGUACAUAUCUGAACAUGUUAAUUAUAUUCCGCAUCACGCCAUUAACAACCCAAAGAAACCUGGAAAAAUCCGUGUGGUAUUCGAUUGUCAAGCUAAGUUCCGAGAUAAAUCUUUGAAUGACUACCUGUUGAAAGGACCGGACUUAACAAACGCCUUAGUUGGUGUACUUUGUCGAUUUCGGAAAGAACGAGUUGCCUUUAUUUGCGAUAUCGAAAAGAUGUUUUACCAGUUUCACGUUAAUGUUGAACACCGAGACUACCUUCGAUUUCUCUGGUGGAGAAAUGGUAAUUGUGACUCUAAACCUCAAGAAUUCCGUAUGACCGUUCAUUUGUUUGGGACUGGGUCAUCUCCGGGAUGCUCAAACUUCGCUUUAAAACAAGCCGCGAAAGAUCACGAGAAAGAUUUCGGCACAGUUGUCUCAAAUUUCAUUCAGAAGGAUUUCUAUGUUGACAAUGGUUUAACGUCAGUUUCGUCUGUGAGUGAAGCUAUCGACCUAAUCAGUAAGAGUAAGGAACUUUUAUUGUGUUGUGGAAUACGUUUGCAUAAAUUUCUAUCUAAUUCAGCAGAAGUUAUUGAAUCUAUACCGUGUCAUGAUCGUGCGGAAGGAGUAAAGAAUCUCGAUUUGACUAUCGAUGAUCUCCCAACAGAACGUGCACUAGGGAUUGAGUGGUGCAUUGAGUCGGAUGCGUUCCGAUUUCGAAUCAAACUUUCGGAUAAACCUUUAACGAGAAGAGGUAUACUUUCUAUUAUAAGUUCGAUAUACGAUCCGCUUGGCUUCAUAUCUCCUUUACAAGAAAUAUGUAGGCUUAACACUGGUUGGGAUGAUGUGAUUCCUGAAGAUUUGCUACCACGUUGGCAACGGUGGAGAGAUGAACUGUUUAAAAUUGAGACUCUUAAGAUUGAUAGAUGUUUCAAGCCUGAUGGUUUUGGAACUGUGGUUUCCGUAGGGAUUCAUAAUUUUUCGGAUGCGAGUACAUUCGGCUAUGGAGAAUGCUCUUAUUUGCGACUAGUGGAUGCUAAUCAACGUGUUCAUGUUUCAUUAGUCAUGUCGAAGUCCAGAGUGACUCCGUUGCGAGCUAUAACUAUUCCACGUCUUGAACUGACUGCAGCUGUCGUUGCUGUCAAUGUGAACUUAUUAAAAAAGAAUUAGGAUACCCUACAGUUGCUCAAUAUUUUUGGACUGAUAGUCGUGUCGUAUUAGGGUAUAUAAACAACGAUGUUCGUCGCUUUCAAACAUUUGUUGCAAAUCGCGUCCAGAAAAUCCGAGAUCAUUCACAACCGAGAGAAUAGCAUCAUGUUACAACGGUAGCAAAUCCUGCGGACAUAGCGUCUAGGGGCGCAUCUGCUAAUGACUUAGUUGAAAAUUUAAUGUGGUUUAAAGGACCAGAGUUUCUGUGGAAAUCUGUAAUACCGGAUGACAAGGAAGAUUAUUCGAGUAUCGCCUUUGAGGCAGAUGAUCCUAACAUUCGUAAAAUUAACUCUUUCGCUCUGAAAACCGAGAACAGUUUUGAUGUGACGAGACUGAGUUUUUGUUCUAGUUGGUUUCAACUUAAAAAGGUUAUUGCCUACUGUUUACGUUACAUGUCUAUUCUUAGAAAUCGAAUUGCUAAGGACACUAAUAUUGAAAAUCCUGUUGGACCUUUAAGGGUUAACGAACUUAAUAAAGCAGAAAUUGUGUUAUUGAAGCUAGUUCAAUCAGAAGUUUUUAGUAAGGAGUUGGAAACUUUGCGAUCCGUGAAACAGCUUCAAAAUGAGUCUAAUAGAAAUGACAUUCGUUUGCGUCGGAAGUAUAUACAAAAGAAUUCAACUUUGAGUAAGUUAGAUCCAUUUUUGGAUGAUCAUAACCUUUUACGAGUUGGUGGACGACUUGGUAACUCAAGACUAAGUUGUGCUGAGAAAUACCCAAUUAUUAUGCCGCGUAAGUCUUUCGUGACAGAACUUUUAAUUGCUCAUCAUCAUGAAUUGUGUGAACACCAAGGUCGUGGACUUACUGUGAAUGAACUUCGUUUAAACGGUUAUUGGAUUCUGGGAUGUACCAGUGCGGUUUCGGAAUACAUUCAUAAAUGUGUUAAAUGUAGGAAAUUGCGUGGUCGAUGUCAAGACCAGAAGAUGUCAAAUCUUCCCGAAGACAGAUUGGAAUCCACGGCGCCCUUUACGUAUUGCGGAGUUGAUUGUUUUGGCCCUUGGUUGAUCAAAGAGGGGCGUAAAGAACUCAAGAGAUAUGGUGUUCUGUUUACCUGUUUAAAUUGUCGCGCGAUUCAUGUAGAGACUGUCAAUACCAUGACUACUGAUUCUUUUAUCAAUGCGUUGCGUAGGUUUUUAACAUUUCGUGGUCCAAUACGAGUGCUUCGGUGUGACAACGGAACUAACUUUGUUGGAGCUAAGCGAGAGCUUAAGGAUGCUUUCAAAGAGAUGAAUCAUCAACACAUCCGACAGUUCCUGCUUAAACGUAGUUGCGAUUAUUUCGAGUUCAAGAUGAACGUCCCUUCUGCCAGUCACAUGGGAGGCAUUUGGGAACGGCAAAUUAAUGGACCAAUCCGGUACUCAACUAGAUGACGAGUCACUUCGGACAUUUAUGUGCGAGGCAGCUGCAAUCGUAAACAGCCGACCCUUAACGACUGAUACUUAAAAUGAUAUCAAUUCUUUAGAACCUCUCACGCCUAACAAUCUAUUAACUAUGAAAUCAAAAAUUCUGUUACCACCACCUGGUAAUUUUCAACAACCUGACGUUUACUCUAGAAAACGUUGGAGACGAGUACAGUAUUUGGCUAAUGUUUUUUGGUCCCGUUGGCGAGUAGAAUAUUUACAGAAUCUACAAACUCGACAGAAGUGGACUCAACCCAUUCGAAAUGUUCAAGUUGGUGACGUUGUUUUGAUUAAGGAUGCUGAAUCUCCCCGAAAUAGUUGGAACUUAGGAAGGGUUGUUGUUGCGGACCCAGACUCAGAUGGACAUGUGCGAAAGUUUUGACGUCUGUGUUACCGGCAUGUCUUUUAAUUCAAGUCUGGAAGUUCGAGUCUAAGUUGUUUGCGUUCAUCAUGAUUGUAUGAUAUUCUACGUUAGGCUAUUUCCAAUGUUUAUACGAUGAUAUCCUCGUCCGAUGUCAUGAAGCAUUAAAGAGACAAUGAAUAAAGAUAUGUAUAUGGUGUAUUA